UUGGUUUCUCUGGAAUGGCUAAACCUCAGCAACAAUCAGUUGGACGGGAAUAUACCGGAGGAUUUGAGGUACUUGCCCUAUCUGACUGUGUUGGACCUGAGCGACAACGACCUGGAGGGGAAUAUACCGGAGGGCUUGGGGGACCUGUACAAUCUGACGGAGUUGGACCUGAGUGACAACGACCUGAACGGGAACAUACCGGAGGACUUGGGCGACCUGUCCCAGCUGAGGGAGUUGGACCUGAGUGACAACGACCUGGACGGGAAUAUACCGGAGAACCUGGGGGACCUGUCCAAUCUGACGGAGUUGGACCUGAGUGAUAACGACCUUGACGGGGAAAUACCCGUGGAAUUAGUCAGAUUGCGCAAUUUGGAAAACCUCUACCUGAGCGGCAACGCCGACCUGGAAGGGUGUAUCCCGGUCUGCCCUGCGUUGAGUGGCGACGGGUGUGACCGAACGAUACCGGCGGAGUUGGGGAAUCUCGUCAACCUGGAACAGCUGUUCCUCAAUGACAACGAAUUGACCGGCACGAUACCGGCGGAGUUGGAGGACCUUGCCAACCUGGAUGCUCUGUUCCUCGGCAACAGUGAUGAGAACGACGAUGAUAACGGACCCGAUUCACUGGUAGCAAUCCCAGUUCAGUGUUGCUAA